CUCGCUGCAAAACUCAUUCACUCGCUUAUGAAUCCGGCUUACAAGGAGCACAAGCAGGCGCAGCGGCAGACGGUCGAUGCGUGGUUUGACUAUGCCGACUACAAGAUUGGCGAAGGCACUUACGGUGUUGUAUACAAGGCCAGGAAGAAGAUCGUAGAUCCUCAUACAACUCCAAUUCCGUAUGCGCUCAAGAAAAUCAAGGCGACAGUGCAGACGGAAGGACUAUCAACGUCAGCGUGCCGCGAGAUUUCGCUGCUGCGAGAAAUCAAACACGAGAACGUCAUCUGCGCGCCUGAAAUUUUCCUGAAUCCGUUGACGCGCGACGUUUGGCUCCUGUUCGACUAUGCAGAAUACGAUCUUUAUCAAAUUAUCGAGUAUUAUCGCGAUCGCAAAGGCCAGGCAAACGCUGCCGCUCAACAAACGCAAACACCGCCACAGCCCGUGUUCUUGGAAGAGCACAUGAUCAAAUCACUGCUAUGGCAGUCCCUCAAUGGAAUUCAUUACUUGCAUUCGAAUUGGAUAUUGCAUCGAGAUUUGAAACCCGCAAACAUUCUAGUCAUGGGUGCCGGGAAGGAGCAUGGGCGAGUCAAGAUUGGUGAUCUGGGCAUGGCUCGUCUCUUCCAGUCUCCUCUCAGAAACCUGGCUGAUGUGGAUCCUGUUGUCGUCACCAUCUGGUACCGCGCUCCAGAGCUUCUUUUGGGCGCAAAGCACUACACCAAAGCCAUCGAUAUGUGGGCGAUCGGGUGCAUAUUCGGAGAACUCAUUACGGCCAGACCGAUUUUUCUUGGAGAGCAAAUCACCACCAAGCAAACCAAAACCCCAUUCCAAGGCGAUCAACUGGACAAGAUUUUCCAAGUGCUCGGCUUUCCCAAUGAAAAGGACUGGCCCGAGUUGUCCAGCCUUCCUGACCAUCCUAUUCUGAUGCAGAACUUUUUAAACAAGCAGCUUUACGACAAGUGCAGCAUUGAACACUACUUUCGUGGCUACAUGAAGAUGCAACGUGGUCCUCUCUCUCCGGCUGGUCUCGGACUGUUGAGCGAGAUGUUGACCAUGGAUCCGAACAAGCGCAUCACCGCCGAAGCCGCCCUUCGCUCCAAUUACUUUAAGGAGUCGCCCACACCGAGCGCCAACGCGUUCGAGCACCUCAAAUUCUCAUUUCCGCCUCGAAGUCCAAUUCGCGAAGACAAAGACAAGAACAACAGGCCCAAACCAAAGACCGAGGCACGUCCAGCAGCCGCCCCACCGAACCAGCAACAAUUGCACACACAGCGCGUCGCGCAUUCACAGCCGCCAUUACACGCUGGUCUUCCAAACUCCGCCAACCGACCGCAAGUGCGAGGGCCAGGGCAGCCUGGCAGUGGCGUCCAUCCGCAUCCCUCGGCGAUGGGCCAGCAACACCAGUAUCACAGAUAGCUUAAGAAGUGCGACACACAAGAGUUUUCACGCCAUGCUCGCUCGACCGAGUUCUGUCAAAAAUUGUGAUGGAAUUUUUGUUUUUCUUGCAACGCACAACAAAAAACGCUGAGGUCAAAAGCCAAUAAAACGACCCAGACGUUCAAAAGCCAAA